UUUUGCUUUAGCAUUUGUUGACCCCUCUUCUUCCUCAUUUGCCUGAUAGUCCAAAGCAUCUCUCAUUUUCUAUCUCUCUCUCUUCUUUCUCACUCUAAGCUGCUGCUAACUGUACUAAUCUGGGGGAGUAUACAAAGAGCAAUUUUUUCUCUUCUGUACUCUUUUUUCUUUUCUUAUUACAGGUAAAGCUAAAUCUUCAAUUUGGGUUUACGAGGGUAAUUCAGAUUGGCGAGGUACAUCCGUAAUCUUGUAGCAAGAUGAUGGCAAUUGGAAUGGCUGACGGAAAAACGUGCCGUCAUUUGUAACUUAUUCAUCUGUAUCGUUGUGUCACUGAUGGCUUUGAAUUUUGGUGCUAGCGCUCCCCUUGAACCUAAACAAAAACCUGUUGGAGCUCGACAGACAGCAGAGACAAAUGACUCUAGCUCUUUCCUUACACAGGUGUCAAAAAUGAAUGAACUCAGCCUUGCUCUUUCUGGUAAAUUGCCAGAAUCUGGCAAAAUUACAACACAUGAUGUGGAUGGGGUUCGGAAUAAUAAGAAGUAUCAAAAGGGGUCUAAUGAUUUGUCAAUUGAUAAAUCUAAAAAUGCUCCCACUGAUAUUCAGAAUGUGUCGACACCUGGGAAUCAUGAAGUUAAUGGAACCAGAAGCUCACUCGAGUCUUCUACCGAUCAAGAAAAGAAAACAUCUAACCAAACGAGUGGCAAGAACAGUCCAGUUUCUGCAAAAGUCAGCGAUGGUACUAGUAGUCUAGCCAAAAAUAGUGGAAGUGGCAAGAUAAGUGAUCAUGCUGAUCUUGUUGAGAGUGGAAAGAGCAGCAUGUGUAGAGGAAGCACCAGCACUGAUGUGAGUGAUGAAAGCACCUUUAGCAGUUUUAGCAGCAGUGUAAACAAACCCCACAAAACAAAUGACGUGAGAUGGGAAGCUAUCCAAGCUGUCCGAUCUAAAGAUGGUAGCUUAGGUUUGAGCCAUUUCAGACUGCUGAAAAGGUUGGGCUGUGGAGAUAUUGGAAGUGUUUACUUGGCUGAACUGAGUGGAACCAAGUGUUACUUUGCUAUGAAAGUCAUGGAUAAAGCAUCUUUAGCCAGCCGCAAGAAGCUUCUUCGUGCUCAGACAGAGAGAGAAAUUUUAUCAUCCCUUGAUCAUCCUUUUCUUCCCUCUCUCUACAGCCACUUUGAGACUGAUAAGUUUUCAUGUUUGGUUAUGGAAUUCUGUCCUGGAGGGGAUCUGCAUACUCUUAGGCAGAGACAGCCAGGGAAACAUUUUUCUGAACAAGCAGUGAAAUUUUAUGUCGCUGAGGUCCUUUUGGCUUUAGAGUAUCUCCAUAUGCUUGGUAUUAUCUACCGCGACCUCAAGCCUGAGAAUGUCCUUGUUAGAGAAGAUGGACAUAUAAUGCUUUCAGACUUUGACCUGUCACUUUGCUGUUCUUUUAGCCCAACACUGGUGAAGACAUCUUCCCUGGAGUUGGAGCCUCUCAAGAAGAACUCAGGAUACUGUGUCCAGCCGGCAUGCAUUGAGCCUUCCUGCAUUCAACCAUCAUGUGUCGUUCCUACAACAUGCUUCUCUCGCCGCAUCUUUUCCAGCAAGUCCAAGAAGGAUCGGAAACCCAAAAAUGACGUAGGUAACCAAGUUAGGCCGUUACCAGAGCUCAUGGCAGAACCUACUAGUGCUCGCUCUAUGUCAUUUGUGGGAACUCAUGAAUACUUGGCACCAGAGAUUAUCAAAGGUGAAGGUCAUGGAAGUGCAGUAGAUUGGUGGACUUUUGGGAUCUUUCUCUACGAGCUCUUGUUUGGUAAAACUCCAUUUAAAGGAUCUGGUAACCGAGCUACAUUAUUCAAUGUAGUCGGGCAACCUCUUAGAUUUCCAGAAUCACCAGUUGUUAGUUUUGCAGCAAGGGAUCUUAUUAGAGGUUUACUCAUAAAAGAACCACAGAACAGAUUGGCAUACAAAAGAGGGGCAACUGAGAUAAAACAACACCCUUUCUUUGAAGGGGUUAAUUGGGCACUAAUACGCUGUGCUAGCCCUCCCGAGGUGCCUAAACCGGUUGAAUUUGAGAGACUACCAGUCCCAGCACCAUCUACCAAUCAAAAGACUGUUCCAGCAGCAGUAGCUCCCAGCCAAAAGGGUUCUGAUAACUACCUCGAAUUUGAUUUCUUCUAGUAAUUAUCAGCUCGACUGGUAAAUUUUAUGAAUUGGUGGACCAGCAAAUCCUGAAUUCAAGGAUAAUCUUAUAUGCGCAGGGUCCUGUUGUCACUGUCCAUAACAGUGUCAGAUCUUAUUAUUUGUGAAUCUGUACGUGCUUCAAGCUAGAGCUGCCUCCCAUCAUUAGUCUCCAUAUUACAAGGAUGUCUAAACGGUAAAAGGCGAGUGUCUUGAAGUAUAUAACUGUUAGAAGUAUGCAAUUGGAUAACUCAAAAUCAUGUGUGGCUUUAGGUGAGAUGGCAUUGCCAUGAACAGGAAACUGUUUUUUGGCCAAAUGACCAAGUUAAGCAAGAUGAUUGCUCAAUGUAUAUUGCUUUUCGAUGCUCCCUAGAAAUUUGUGUUCCAUCCCAAAGGUACAGUACAGUGUGAGAAAGUUUAGAUUCAAUCUUAUUUUAAGUUAUGCGACAACCAUACUUUUGGAUGUCACCAAGACAUUUAGACCACAGUGAAUUUUGCUACAUUUUACUUUCUCCUGUGUAAUAUUUGCUUUUUGGCUCUUUCAGAAGUAAAGGAGGGAGUUCCCCUUUUUUUUUGCUUUU